UAUUAAAUUGCUUAUUCAUGAUCAGUCACGCACACCCCGCUACUAUAUAUACCCCACCACUACCUAUUCUUCUCAAUUCGCUCUUGCUUUGUUUACAGAAGUCCUCCAUUCUCACAGCUAGGUGGUGGUGAUUAGUGUAUAUAUAUACAUACAUGGUUGAAGUGGGUAUUUAUCAGAUCCCUACGAGCAGUUUGGACCCAUUUGCGGAGGCAAAAGAAACAGAUGCACCAGGGGCGAAAGAAUAUGUUCAUAUCCGCAUACAGCAGAGGAAUGGGAAGAAGAGUCUCACCACAGUGCAAGGGCUGAAGAAAGAGUUCAGCUACGAGAAGAUCCUCAAAGACCUCAAGAAAGAGUUGUGCUGCAAUGGCAAUGUUGUGCAUGACAAGGAGCUUGGCAAGAUUAUCCAACUCCAAGGCGAUCAGCGAAAGAACGUCUCUCACUUUCUCAUUCAUGCUCGCCUUGCUAGGAAGGACCAGAUCAAGAUUCAUGGUUUCUGACCUUUCUUGUAUUAAUUAACAUAUGCCGCCGUUUAUGAAAUAAGUAACGAGUUUCGAAUAUUUGGUUAUUUUCCUUCUGUAUCAUUGAAAAUCAUCUUAAAUAUAUUACUACUUCAUGUUGUGCUUUCAA